AGUAUCGUGAGCACCACUCGUGUAUCGCUACUAAGCCUCAGAAGGAGAAAGCCACAGUUCCACCGAUAGAUCCAGCAGGCCAACACAUCUGCAUCAAGAAGGCAAACCGACCUUUAGGCCAGGACUCAAGAUCAUCCUGUCCUCCAAAGACUUCAAGUACAAUUACAAUUCGCCACCAUGGCGUCCUCCAAAGCACCAACCCUCGCCGAAGCCCAGAAGCUUAACCAAGAAUACGAACUCCCCAAUCCGGAAGCAUACUCCUCUUACCAACUCGGAAUCUACAGCGCCUUCCGCUCACCGCCAUUCUCUACAAAGCCUUCCGAAUGGGAACGUCUCGCCCGCGAAAAAGUUCCAGCGGCGAACUUUGGAUAUGUCUUUGGCUCUGCUUCCAGCCAUAGGACCUAUGCUUCCAACAUCGCGGCGUUUGAUCGGUAUCGCUUGAAGCCGAGUAUGUUGGUCAAUGCGACGAGGAGGGAUUUGAGGGUGGAGCUAUUUGGUGGGAGGGAGGUGUUGAGAAACCCGAUCUUGGUGGCGCCGGUGGGAGUGCAGAAGAUUAUGCAUGCGGAUGCGGAGGAGGCUACGGCAAGGGCUUGUAAGGAGGUUGGGGUGCCAAUGAUCCUUUCGACUGCGGCGACGAGGACGAUUGAAGAAGUCGCCACCGCGAAUGGUGAUGGACAAAGAUGGUACCAACUCUACUGGCCCCGCCCUCAACACGAAGCAAUCACCGCCUCCCUCCUCCACCGCGCCAAGAGCAACGGCUACACCACUCUCGUCGUGACCCUGGAUACCUUCACCCUCGCCUGGCGUCCCACGGAUCUCGACUCAGCUUAUCUCCCGUUCCUCUUCGGCGACGGCUGCCAAAUCGGUCACUCGGACCCCAUCUUCAAUGCGCAGUACGAGGCUCAACUCGCUGCCGACCCGCGCACCGCGAAGGAGAAGCUCGCCGAAGCAUGGGGAAUCAUCAAGCGGAAUGGGACUGUAUUCGGCGCCGCAAAGAUCCUGGGCAACGCAAAGCUCAUCGCCAAAUCCCGCGCAUGGCUAGACGUCAUGAACUCAGGCACUUACCGUGAAUGGUCCCACCUCGAAGUCCUCAAACAACUCUGGGACGGCCCAAUCGUGCUCAAGGGUAUCCAAACCGUCGGAGACGCCCGUCGAGCGGCGGAGUACGGCAUGUCCGGCAUCAUCGUCUCCAAUCAUGGCGGCCGACAGCUCGACGGUGCCAUCGCCUCACUCGAUGCUUUGGCUGAAAUCGCGGCGGACGAGAUGGUCAAGGCUUCGAACAUGGACAUCUUGUUCGACUCGGGUAUUCGCACGGGGAGUGAUGUGUUGAAGGCGUUGGCGUUGGGCGCGAAGGCGGUGUUGGUGGCGAGGCCGUAUAUGUAUGGACUGGCAAUUGGAGGUCAGCAGGGGGUGGAGCAUGUACUGAGGUGUUUGCUUGCGGAUACAGAUAACUCGUUGGCGAAUUUGGGAAAGAGGAGUAUCAAGGACGUUGGGAGAGGGGACUUGCAGAUUAGGGGGGAGGCGAAGUUGUAG